GACAGAAGAAGCAGGAAGCAGCAGCAGUUGGUUUGCGGGCUGGCACGGAGCACAAAAUCACGGUCCAACCGGAGGAUAAAACUGAGUUUUUAAAGAAAGAGAAGAGUCUGGUUCCGUGGAAAUGUAUUUCUUCGCAGUGUUUGUCCUUUUGGGGACAGGACUGGCGGUAAACGGCGAGACGCAUUCCCUCACUUACAUCUACACGGCCUUCUCCAAACCUGUCGGACUCCCGGGCAUCCACGAGUUCACAGCCAUGGGUCUGCUGAACGGCAGGAUGAUCGACUACUUUGACAGCGACAACCAGACAAAAGUUCCCAAACAGGCCUGGAUGACAGAGCGACUGCCUGCAGAUUACUGGGAGAAAGGCACCCAGUCCCGCCAGAGCAAGCAGCAGUGGUUCAAAGUCAACAUCGACAUCCUGAAGACACGAAUGAGACAGAAUGACACGGACCUCCAUGUUCUCCAAUGGAGGCACGGCUGCGAAGGUGAAAUGAAGGACGGAGAGAUGACGUUCCUACGCGGCAUUGACAUGUACGGCUACGACGGAAACGACUUCCUGUCAUUCGAUGACGUCAACGGCGUCUGGGUCGCCUCAACUGACGCGGCAGUCCCGACCAAGAGAAAGUGGGACGGAGUCCAGGUCCUAAAAGAAUACACCAAAGGCUACCUGGAGAACGAGUGCAUCAAUUGGUUGGGGAAGUUUGUCAGUUAUGGACAAAAGCAGCUAGAAGAAGCCAUUCCAACAGUGCAUCUGUUUACAAGGAACACCGAAGUUGAAGAAAACAUCCUUUUAACGUGCCUGGCCACAGGUUUCUUACCAAAAGACAUCACUCUGCACAUGAAAAUGAACGGCAGUAUUCUAACUGAAGCGGACGGAGUUGUGUCCUCCGGCGUUCGACCCAAUGGUGACGACACCUUCCAGAGACGAGACAGUGUGGAGAUUUUACGGAGUAACGUGUCUACCUACACCUGUGAAUUCAUACAUCCGGCAUCCAACUUACAUGUUGAGGAGGUGUGGGGGUCACGUACAUCUGACAACAGCAGUUCAGAUCAACCGCUUGAUGCUGUUACUCCCUCCGAGAAGCAUUCCCUCACUUACAUCUACACGGCCUUCUCCAAACCUGUCGGACUCCCGGGCAUCCACGAGUUCACAGCCAUGGGUCUGCUGAACGGCCGGAUGAUCGACUACUUUGACAGCGACAACCAGAAGAAAGUUCCCAAACAGGACUGGAUGAAAGAGCGACUGCCUGCAGAUUACUGGGACAAAGGCACCCAGUCCCGCCGGAGCAAGCAGCAGUGGUUCAAAGUCAACAUCGACAUCCUGAAGACACGAAUGAGACAGAAUGACACGGACCUCCAUGUUCUCCAGUGGAUGCACGGCUGCGAAGGCGUAAUGAAGGACGGAGAGAUGACGUUCCUACGCGGCGUGGACAUGUACAGCUAUGACGGAAACGACUUCCUGUCAUUCGACGACGCCAACAGCGUCUGGGUCGCCUCAACUGCCGCGGCAAUCAUGACCAAGAGAAAGUGGGACGGAGUCCAGGUCCUAAAAGAAUACACCAAAGGCUACCUGGAGAACGAGUGCAUCGAAUGGUUGGGGAAGUUCUUCAGUUAUGGACAAAAGCAGCUACAAGUAGCCAUUCCUCCGAAGGUGCACCUGUUUACAAGGAACACCAAAGUUGAAGCAAACAUCCUUCUGACGUGCCUGGCCACAGGUUUCUUACCAAAAGACAUCACCCUACGCAUGAAAAUGAACGGCCGUAUUCUAACUCCAGUGGACGGAGUUGUGUCCUCCGGCGUUCGACCCAACGGUGACGACACCUUCCAGAGACGAGACAGCGUGGAGAUUUUACGGACUGACGUGUCUACCUACACCUGUGAAGUGAUCCAUCAGGCAUCCAACUUACAUGUUGAGGAGGAGUGGGAUCAUAAAGUUCCUGAGGUCUCUAGAGGAAGCAUUGGUGGGGUGAUUGGAGCCGUGAUCCUUGUCACGGUCGGGGUUGGCACGGCACUGCUGUUUAUCUUGUAUGGAAGAGGAAUAAUUGGUAGGUGCAAUGUAACUAUUGUCCUCUUUAAACACCAACAACAUACCAAUGGAGUAGCGCUGUCAAUUAGAGAUGCACCGAUUGACAAGCUGGUGAUUGGCCGAUUUUCACGUGAUCGGCCAUGACCGGCGAC